UCACGUGACAACAGCUGAGUGGAAAAUUCCGAACGUCCUGAGCGGAUUAUUUGUACCCUUGAUCGCUACACAGCAACAACAAAAUUACGGAAACCAUGGCGGGAGAACUUUCCUCAGCUUGCUCGAAAGCGAUAGGCGACGCUAAGGACGAUCUGAAUCGUUUGAGCGACGAUAUCUGGAAAAAUCCGGAGCUGGCUUUUCAGGAGACACACGCUCACAACAUCCUGACGGAUUUUUUGGAAAACAAAGGUUUCAAAGUCGAGAGAAACUAUAUCAAGAAGACUGGGUUCCGGGCGACGUACGGAGGAUCGGCAGGAGAUGGUGUUCAUGUGUGUGUGAUGUGUGAAUACGACGCCUUGCCGUCUCUUGGGCACGCUGCAGGGAGGAACCUGAGUAGCGAGGCUAGCGUGGCCGCCGCACUGGGCAUCCAGGCCGCCAUCAAACAACAACAGAAACUCGGCAAGGUGACAGUUCUCGGCACCCCAGCUACAGAAGGAGGGGGAGGGAAGCUGGACAUGAUAAACGAGGGCUGUUUUGAGGGUGUUGACUUCGCCAUGCUGGCCCAGCCCCUGAACGAAAACAUCGCUGCUCCUGUCACACUCAACAUCCUGAGAGUUCGAGUCAACUAUUCAGGUAAGGCUGCCCAUGCCUCCACCCAGCCAUGGGAAGGUAAGAACGCCCUGGACGCAGCCGUGGCCUGUUACAGCAACGUGGCACUCAUGAGACAACAGAUCAAACCUACAUGGAAGAUAAACGGAAUCAUCACGAAUGGUGGCUUGAAGCCCAACAUCAUCCCGGAGGAGACAGAGAUGGUGUUCUACCUGCGAGCGCCGGAACAGACGGACCUCAUGUUCCUCCAGCAGCGCGCCACCGCGUGUUUUGUCGCCGCGGCCAAGGCGACAGGCUGCGAGGUCAACUUCGAGUUCCUGGACAAGCCAUACCACAACGUGGUCCACAACUCUGUCCUGGCUAACCUGUACAAGAAACACGCCGAAGCCCUGGGUAUGGAGUUCUCCACGGAUGAGGAGGUCUUGCAGUCUUCAACAGGCUCCACUGACAUGGGCAACGUGUCACACGUCAUCCCAUGCGUCUACCCUGCGUUCGACAUCAAGACACAGGCGCCCAUCCACACCCAGGCCUUCACCGAGGCUAGCAGCGCCCCCGAGGCCCAGCAGUCGGUACUGCAGUGUGCGCAGGCCAUGGCCCUGACAGCGCUGGAGGUCAUGCAGAACGCCCAGGUCAUGAGCGACAUCAGGAACGAGUUCGAGGCGACGGACGCCAUCAACACGCCGGUCAUCACUGGAACAAACCCCUUUCCCUAACUAAAGGGGGAAUCAAAUUGAAAUUUCUGAUAGUUUUUGAGCUAAAGUACAUGUAGCUAUAGUGCCAUAUGUGGUGAUUGUGUGUCACAUAUACAUUCAAUAAGUUUCUCGGGGAUAAGACAAAAAUGAGACCAACAAAACUUCAAUAAAUUGAAAUCAUGAAGCCAAAACUACCAUGCUAUCAUGGCAUGGCAGUCUUGCUACAUGUAGCUGGCAGCAUUAUAGGAACCAAAUUACAGGUGUAUGGUGGCAUAAUAAUGUGCAAAUAUGUAUUGAAUAUAGCCUAGCUUUGGUAUGUUUUAAACUGGAGAAACCAUUUGCCAACAGAGAAUUUUGAUUGUCAAGUUUAUAUACUAGAAGAAAGUGACUUUUACAAAAAUGUAAAUGAAGGUGGUGUAAGGAUGUAUUUUCUGCUCUUUGGAGACUGCUUAUUUAUGAAUGAUGAUGAUGAUUUAUGAGUGACAGUUGUAAAGUUGAUUCCCACAUGGGGAAUUUUGUAUGGAGUAGAAACACAAGCAGAUGCAUGGUAUCUGUGCUGUCUUUUCCAUCUUUCAACAGAUGUACAAUCAUGUACUGUGAACUGGCUUAUUGAUGUGCCACAGUAGUGUUUUCAAGCUAGUAGUCCAAUGUGGCUUUGUUAUGGGUUUUUUGACACCCCCUACUCUUCUUGAUUGGUAAACAAGUUGUAAAAUGUUUAAGUGUGCAAUAUGAAAGGCCUUUUCAAGUUUCCUGAAAGAGAAAGAUGGUUUGAAUACAUCUCACGGUAUUAUGAUUACCAUCAUUUUGAUGUCAAAAUGAUCUGAAGACCCCCAUAGGAUUGUUUGCUUCAAUAUAAGAGUGUACAUUUCCUUGUGUCCAAAUGUGUUGUACAUGUAUUUUACACAUUUAAAUAUAACUAUAAAUACCUCUUUAUGACUGUCAAAAGUAUUAAUCUUGAACACAGUAAGUGUCAAAGCAGAUAUUGUGUACAAAUGUACAAUGACUUGUUAUGUAUUUGGAUUGUUGCAAGUACCAUAUUAAGUCUCCCCUGCAUAAAUAUAUGAUGCCAUGACAAAACACACACAUCUGGACAUGUAUCAAGCAUGGUCUAGAAAAGGAUGGUUAAUAUGUUACU